AUGGUACCGAAAUCCAGUGGAAAGGCCGCUAAGAAGUCUGGAAAGGCGCAGAAAGUCAUCGUCAAGGGAGAGAAGAAGAAGAAGAGACAGCGCAGGAAGGAAAGUUAUGCCAUCUACAUCUACAAGGUGUUGAAGCAUCUUCGAACUCGUCCCGUCUGGCUCAAUACAUCAAACGCUCGACGAUCACGUCCCGCGAAAUCCAAACUGCGGUCCGUUUGCUGCUGCCGGCCCACCGAUUCGUUCUCCCCAAUUGCAACGGAGCAACGUAGCAGUAGCUCAUUUGGCAAUUACCACGGCAGACUGCUGGGUGCUUGA